CUUGUUGAUUAUUGCAUCAGUGUAUCAGUGUCACGAGUGUGUUAAUAUCUUUAUUUAGAGUGAUUACGGUCUAGCGAUAUUUUCUAUUGAGAAGGUGACAGAAGAAAGAAAGAAAGAAAGAAGAAGAAGAAAAUACUUUUUGUACAAAGCAGAUGAUGAUACAUAAUUUAAAUGAAUUGAAGCUUAAAUCUGCAGAGAGUCUAUAUUGUCGUAUAUUAUUUAUACUGACGUACAACUAAACAUGGCGGAUUUCAAGAAACGAACGUUGGUGGGUCUGAUUUCAACAACUUUUAUACAGCUUGCAUUGCUCCUUUCUAUGAUCAUCUACUGGCGUAUAUUAAGGGAAGAACCUCCGGAAGAUAAAAAACAACAACAGCAGCUAUGUUACAACUUGGGUCGGUUUUUUACCAGUUCUGAUAAAGAUACAUGUCCAGUAGGCUUAAAGAUGAAUAUGAAAAAUGAUACAAAAACAUGUUGCGGAAACUCGGAUUUAAUCUUUGGUAACUUAGUAACAAUGGCUGUGUCUGAAAAGUACAACAGUGAUGCCAAUCCUGAAUUGCCUUCGUUAGAUCUUAAAUUGGACCAUUGCAACAAGACCAGAAUGAAACCGCCAAUGAUAAAACUUUUUGGACUCGCAUGUGACAAAAAUCAAGUCGAAGAGGGAAACUCUUCAAAAAUCUUCUGGAAUUCGAAUAUUCAAACGUAUGCUACAUCCAGCCUGACAUACAUAUCCGAUGAAGGUACAACUUAUGUAGGAAAGGCAGGAUACUACUUCGUCCACUCUCAAAUAAAAGUCAAAGUCAUCAGCAAAAACGAUACAGAUGAUGAUGUCCGCGAUAUCUUCACUCACAGCGUACAUCUGAUCCCGAGUGAGAAGAACACGAGCUCAACUAUUCUAGAAGAUAUAAAAUCCAAAUGUGAAAUGGCAUCCAAAGAGUCCGAACUCACGAGCGUUGUAGGGGGUGUCUUCAGACUUAAACAGGAAGACAAAUUGUACGUUGCAACAUCACACCACAAAAGUCUAGUACAGCGCGACAAUUGUAUUGUCUUCAGCAUGUACAGGUUGUAACUGAUUUUGUUACAAAGAUAGUUAAAAUAUCUUUUAAAUAAAACCUAGUAAAUUUGACUGUCUACAGGAUAAUUACACACACAAAGAUAAAUUAAAUGAAAUUUAAAAAAUUUCGUUUCAACAAUAAUUGUCCUGUUUAUAAUAUCAUUAUCUCAGAGAAUUCUUAUUUUUACUACUUUUUUCAAGAAAUUAUACAAAACUGAGAAUAUAUUGAAUCCAGAAAUUAUAAAAAAUUAUUGUCAUAUUUAAAUAACAGCUGAAUGUAAAUAGUUUUGUAUAAUUAAUUUUGCUCUCUUAUACGUCUUUGAUGUUCCGUCAACUGACAAAAAAUAUUACCAUUCGCAAAUAAAACAGAUAUAAUGAUUUUUUGUAUCAAAAUGAUAAUAUUGUAAAUAUCUAUAUUAUGUUUAAAAGCUCUAGUACAUAAAAACUAGAUACAUUUGUAAUCUGUUUUUCUUUUUUUUUUUCUUUGACAAUCAUUUUCUUUUUUUGUUAAUCAAUUAACGUCAUCAUUUGACGUUAAUUAUAAUCAUCAUUGAACACAAUGAGUCAUACAAAUGAAAUUUACACUUAUACGUAAUACUUACAAAUUGGUAAAUUAUAAACGAACAACAACUGUUAUUAGCGUAUAAUAUAAUGGAAUAAAAUCAGAUUAUUGUAUUUCAUAUAUAGCCCUAUUUUCUUGCGAAGUAAAUAUUAUAUUAUUCAAGUACCUAGGUAGAAUUUUAAAAUAAAUAUGAGUUUGAUACUGUAUGUUUCUUGAAAUAUAUUUUAUAUGUUAAAUCAGACUUGAUAUAAACAGAUGCAUAAGUGCAUGCAUGUUUUUGUACAUAAAACAUAUCUCAUACAUUCUACUAACAAAUUUUGAUAAUGUGGCAGAAUUGUCCAAUAAGUCCAGGUGUAUUCAAAGAUAAUCAGAAAAUUAUCUUGGGGCUAUAUUGCAAAGUAUAUUAGAUACCUGUAUAGGAAAAUAAACAGUGUCGAAUGUCACAUUUUCAAAGUUUAUUAAUACACAUAAAAUAACUGUUGUUUUGUUUUCGUUUUAUUUACAGCUAUUGUGUUUCCAUUUAAUAGUAAAAAAUGCCCUGAAAAAAUAAAAAAUGUUUCUGUUACUUUAGUGCGUAUGUUUUUGAUAGAAUCGAGAAAAGUGUUAUGUUGUUUUUUUUACAAUUAUUGUCAAUAAGGAAACACCUUUUUUUUUUAUUUCAUUAGUUUUUGGUGAUCUGGUAUGAAUUUUAACAUUUGGCAUAUAUAAUUAAAGAAUACGUUUGUUGAGGUAGAAAAUGAUGUUAUAUCUAAAUUUCACAUAACAGUAUCAUAUGAAUAAGGGUGAAAAGUCUUUAAAAAUCAGUCUAAUAUAUGUUUAUAUAUCCUGAUUUCAGAAAUGAUAUAUAUCAGAACCAUAAUUUGAUAUGAUUAGACACGAUGAAGUGCUUAAUAUACAUCUGCGGAAUACUUUCAUAAGGGUGUCGCCCGAGUUCAUUAUUUUUACGAUUCGGAGUCUUUGAAAUCAUCAAAACUUGGUUCUGUCGUAUUUUAUUUCGUUUCUUAUAUAUGUAGCGAAUGAAAUAGGGACGGACUAUUUUAUGGCUCAUGUUGCCAAAUAUAGUAAAUCGACCCGCGAUCAGUGUAUUAUUAAAAACGGGAGGUAACAUGUCACGCGGAAUAAUUCAGAUAUUCUUGAGCAUCGAGUGUUUACAUAUUUUGUUUCGACUCUAUGAAAUGGUAGAUCGAAUUUGGCAGAACUUGUUCUCGGUACCUGUAUGGCGCCAAAUGCCAAAUGUAUUGUCAAUGUGAAAUUAAAUUUGUUAUAAUGCA